UCCAACAUGGAGUAAUCAGAGAUGGGGCUCGUCGGGGCCACCCUCAGCUACAUCAACGCACACUUCAACUAAGGGAUUUUUCGGAAAUACAUUGAAGCACUCUGAAAUAACAACACUGUGGAAUAUCAUUCGGGGGAUCUGUCAAUCCAUUUAAGUUGUUGUUUUUAUUCCAAUAUCCUCCAAUAUCAGCAACUGGUUAGAUCCAGUGAAAAAAGAAAAGAAAAAAAGAAACGAAAAAAGACGGAGACGAAGAGAGGAGAGCGCAAAACAAUCCAGCACCGCAAGAAAGAGAGUCAAGAAGACAUUAUAGCUGAACGAAAAGUGAGGGAUUAUUUGGAAGAGAGUGGCAUAGAAAAUGACGAACGAAAAGAGAUCACCCGUUGUGGGAUUUUAUUGUAGGUGAAACGAGAAAAAUGAUUGAAGAAACACACCCAAACGAAUGCCGGCUCAGGUUACCAUAUAAGGCUGACUUCUGGCUUUCACAGCAUUACAGGGGAAGAACAUUGGACAAGACUCGCUCAGCAGUUUGCAUUGUCAAUGAAAGUUACAUUGUGAGUGUCAAAGCGGUGGUCAUGACCCGAGAUGACUCCAGUGGAGGUUGGCUGGCACAGGAAGGUGGGGGCCUCAGUAGGGUGGGCGUCUGUAAGGUGAUGCCUGCUGAACUGACCGGCCGCAGCGACUUCCUCAUCCAUGGCGAGCGCCUCAAAGACAAGCAGGUGAUCUUGGAAUGUUUUGUGAGGAAGGAUCUGAUCUACACCAAGGCCACACCCACAUUUCACCACUGGAAAGUCGACAACAAAAAAUGUGGCCUGACGUUCCAUAGCCCCGCUGAUGCCCGUGCCUUUGACAGAGGUGUACGGAAAGCCUUGGAGGACAUAACAGAGGGUUCCACAACUUCCUCUUCAACGCUUCAGAAUGAGGCUGAACUUGGAGAUGACGAUGUAUUCACAACCGCCACUGACAGUUCCUCAAACUCAUCUCAGAAGAAGGAACAUGCUACACAGCUAGUGGCCACCUCCACUUUCUAUGAACCUCACCCACAUCGCUGCAUCCUGCAAUAUCGGCCACCUGAGCGCUACAAUCUUGAUCAGAAAUUCUCCAGGAAUCCCUUCACAUUUGAGGAUGAGGAGAUAGUCCGAAUCAACCCCAGAGAGCGCUGGCUGAUCACAGGCUACGAAGAUUACCGCUACGCCGCCGUGCCGGACAAGUUCAUCCAGACUGAGGACUCGGACUUGUACGUUCACAUUGCUAAGAACGAAACCCUAAAGCAUGACUACAACUACCCCUAUGUGCCCAGCUCAGACUUUAGCCAGUGCGACCUCAAGAGCCACUGUGGGGCCAGCGAGGGUGUCGUGGUGGCCAACCAGCCACGCUCCUUCAAACUCAAGGGCAAGCGAAGGAAAGAGGAUGGCGAAUGGUCACGCUGUGUCUACUGCCGGGAUAUGUUUAACCACGAGGAGAACCGUCGCGGCCAGUGCCACGACGCUCCGGACCCCAUCCGAACCUGCAUCCACCGGGUCAGCUUCAUGUGGUGCGCCGACAGCAUGCUCUACCACUGCAUGUCCGACCCGGAGGGUGACUACUCGGACCCGUGCUCUUGCGACACCACUGAGGAACGUUUCUGUCUGCGCUGGAUGGCCCUGCUGGGUCUGUCGGUGUUUGCACCCUGUUUGUGCUGCUAUCCGCCGCUGCACAUGUGCCACCGCUGCGGUGUGGCUUGCGCCUGCUGCGGAGGAAAGCACAAGGCCGUCGUUUGAGACGCUCCCCUGCCCCCCUCCCGAACGCACUGAGGAGGGCAGGAGCGCAAAAAAACAGACAGACGUGGGUGGAUCAUUCGAGCUUUUACAUUGCAAAAAAACAUUUUCUUAUCAGUAUGAACUUGUUUUCCAGUAAAAAUAUCUAGACAUUUUGUUGAGUUUAUAUUUCUUUUCUCAAUUGCCAUUUUUUAUGCCCUGCUUUAAGCAUAAAUCUAACUUUUUUUUUUUUUAAUGUUUAUGUUUAAAACAAGAAAAGACAAUUUGCCAAUUGGGUAAGAAAAAUAAUCUUAAAUCAAGAUAUAUUCUCUGAAAACAAGUCUUAGUAUCUUAUUUUAUACAAUUCUGCUUCUCAAGCAACUGAUCUUAUUUUUACUGAAGGUUCACAUAUUUUACUGGAAAACAAGACAAAAAUACUGAUUAAGAAAAUUAUUUUUGCAAUGUACUGUCUUAUUUUAGUUUGCUCUCUCCUGGUUCCAGAAAAGAAACUUGGUGCAUUUAACUGGCUUGAAAAACUUUUACGUACUUCUCUUUUGUUUUGUUUUUAUAAAUACGAAUAUAUAUAUGUGUGUGUGUAUGUGUGUGUGUGUGUGUGUGUAUGUGUGUGUGUGUGUGUGUUCUUUGCUCCCCCUUUUAUUCUGGAAUUUUCUCCGGUUCCUCGUGAAAGAAAUUGCUCUUUUGACAUAAUGUCAUGCAUUACUUAUGCAGGUACUUUAUAUUUUUUACACUGAUUUCACUGUUUCAAGCACUUGAAUCGCUUGUUAUUUUAAUGUUGCGUGUGCUCGAUUUCAGCAUCUAUCAUUUGAUUUUGUUGUUCAUUCACUUUGGCCAGCAAAGGGAGAAAUUAGCUGUUUACUCUUCCUAAACAGGUCCAUAGACGAACCUGCAUUUAUAUCCCAAGCCCUUUAACCAUUCAGAACAAUAACAUUGAGAUUAGCUUGAGACACUAAACCUGUAGUUGGGUGGACUUUGGGUUUGAAUGGAAGAGACGAGAGAGAGAGAGAGAGUGUUGUAAAUGAUAACAUUGUAUCACAGCAUAGUACUGUCAUUAUUAUAUUUAAGCCAAAUUUACAUAAGCUGCAUUAAGAGUAUAUGUAAAUACUGUAUACUCGUAUGUAUAUGUUUAAAAUCAAAUUAUUGUAAUCAUCUUCAACAGCCACGGCUGUGCUUCAAACAAUGGACAUUUUCCUUAUAGUUGACUUAUUUUUGAUGUGAGGGUGACUUUUAAGUUUAAGCAUAUUUGAUAUCCAAAGAUUAUUUUUGUCAUAUUUAUUUUCACAGUCAAUUGAAUCACCAGCCAAAGGGAGAAAAAAUAGAGAGAAAUUAUUGGACUGUGGUCAAAGAAGCACAUCAACCGAGCCCACACAGCUUACACUGCAAAAAUCAUUUUAUUCUUGUUUUCCAGUAAAAAAUAUUUAAAUAUUCUUAAAACAAGAUUCAUUUAAGUAAACUUGUAUAAGAUAACAAGACUCCAUUACAGAUUGCUAAUGACUUCUCUAAGGCUUACGUCCACAUUAAUCCAGAUACAUUUGAAAAUGGUGUUUUCGUUUUCGAAACGCUCUCCGUCCACGCUGACAUUUUCAAAUGUUUUCCAAAAGUUUCUCGUCCACACUGAAACUUAUGAAAACUCUUAAAUCCCCUUACUGUGCAUGCGAAAAAUUGCCAUUCCAUGUACGGUGUGAAACACAAUUGUCCUCAUGUUCCGUCACCAGACAGCAAUUACGAUUAAACUUCCCAUCGCCUUUGAAGGAAUGCAAUUUGGAGGUUGUACAAAGUAACAUUUAUCUUCAGGGUUGGGAAGGUUACUUUUCAAAAGUAUUCCACUACAAGUUACAGAAUACAUGCUGUAAAAUGUCAUUUGUAACGCAUUCCGUUAGAUUACUCAAGGUCAGUAACGUAUUCUAAAUACUUUGGGUUACUUCUUCAGCACUGGUAGAUUUUUUUCACUUGUUUUGACUAUAAACAAGUAAAUAAAGUAAGAAAACACACUUCACUGUAAAAAUACGUUCUCUGAAAAGAAGCCUAAAUAUCUUAUGCAGUUUUGCUACGCAAGUAAAUUUAUCUUGUUUUCAGAAAAAACUAUAUUUAAAUUCUCAUUAAGAAUACAAUCUUUGCCCUAAUAUCAAAGGUCUUACUAGAGAAAAAAGUUAUGCUGUAAUGUGAAUUUUUUUUCAUAGAAUUCAUUAGAUAAUAUAAUCGGGCCAGCUAACAGAUGCAUGUAAAGGCAAGAAAUAGCAUUUUAGCUUAGCACAAAGCUAAAUGUUCGCAUGACAAUUUACACAAGGUUAACUAUUUUUUCUGCUUCAGAACUCCACAGAAUGUACACAACAACAUCCUUUUCUGAUCGUAUGUGGAUUCAUAGAAUGAGGCAGAAAAUAUAUUAUUUGUAGCCUUCUAUACGAUGUUAAAGGCAACGUUGGUUAGAAUUUCUUGUACAAAAUAAUCUAACCGCAUAAAAAACAAUGACAUGACACGUAAUUGUGUAUUUAUUGCAUUUAUGUUUCAUCUGUCAAACCGUUUCUAACUGUUUUGUUAAGUCGUAGAAACAUGAUGUAGCUUCUCUAUUAAGCUCCCAAGGGAAAGUUCCUCAAUGACGUCAUAUCCACCUUUUCACUCACAACAGAAAACAGUGAAAGCGUUCGUAUGAAUGAAACACAUCAUUAGAAAGUGUUUCACCGAUGUUCAAAAGCUCCUCGAAUCACGUCAUUUAUAUGAAAAAAAUAAACUCUGUAUUAAAAGAAACAAAUUACAUUAAAGGCAAAGUAAUCUCUUCAGUAAUCAAAAUACUUUUUGAAUGUAACUGUAUUCUAAUUACCAGUGAUUUAAAUUAUAACUGUAGUGGAAUACAGUUACUUAUAUUUAGUAUUUUAGAUACAUGAAUACAUGUAUUCCGUUACUCCCCAACCAUGAUUAUCUUUAACAAUGCUCUCAAAGUGAAUAUCAGGCUCAACAACGCCGCUACAAUGGGCCACCAUCUUGAUUGUUUUGGGUUGAAUGGAUCACACGACUGCGUCACAUGACAACAAAUACGUCAUCAUUUUUAGAUAUCUCCAUUUACAUUGUCCACACUGCAACGCGAGGAUGGCGUUUUCAAAUAUAUCCACUUGGGAGAGUGUUUUUGAAAAGUACAUUUUUUGCUGUUAAAAACGCAGUCUCUGUGUGGAGGGAAGGCCAAAACGAUGAGAAAACCAUGCAUUUUCAACGAAAACGUAUUAGUGUGGAGCUGGCCUAAAACUUUUCUGAUUACUUCAUUGGAAAGGAAUCACAUUACUAAUUACUUUACUUUUAAGUUACUUUCUAAAACACUUCACAGAAAAGUAUUAUAUAUUAUAUCUAUACAUGCCUUUCAGCUGUAACAGAAGCGAAAACAGAUAUUUAUCUGAAAAUAAUUCAUGUUUUAAUGUAUUCUACAUAAAUAAUAUUAUUUAGAAAAAUGUGUAACCCAAAUAAUGUAUUUAUUAGCUUUUUUUUUUCAAUUAACUUAAUUGAAAGUCAGUUACUGUAAACUGAUUACAAGAAUUAAAAAUAUAAUGUUAAAUUACUUUUAGAAUACAAUAUUACAGACUACAUUAUAGUAACUAAUUACUUUGUAAUCAGAUUACAUCCAACACUGGUCUUACCCUAUUGGUCUUUUUUUUUUUUUUCUUGUUUUAAGCAUAAAUAUCACACAGUUUUGCUAGAUUUAUGCUUAAAACAAUAAAACAAUAAAAAAAUAAAUAACAUUUUGUCAGUGGGGUAUGAAAAAUAAUUAAUUUAUAUAUAAAGAUUGUGUAUUGUGUUUUAAGGAUGUGUAGAUGUUUUUACUGGACAACAAUACAAAAAUACUUAUUACGAAAAUGAUUUUAGCAGUGUAUUUAAUUUCAUAUAUUCUAAGGAGGGGAAACACUAAACCGCAAUCUAUUUUCCCUUAUGACAGAUGGCUCAUAAUUUGUCUCUAUGAUCUUCAGAAAGAAAUUGUUGUUUCAGAGAUGUUUCCAGUUUCCAAAAAAAAAAAAAAAAAAAAACAUAACAGAAAAAUAAGCUUGAUUUCAGGGUGCUUUAUAAAGGGACGUUUGCCAAACCGAUCUCCAGUUUCUUCAUUACAAUAAUGUUACUUAACGCCUUAAUUUUCUCUCAGUUGAACGAGAAUUUUUGCGAGGACAUUAAAACGAAUCAGAGUAGUUCCUCACAGUAAAAAAUAAUGAAUAAAUAUUUUUCUAUUAUAUUUAAAAAAAUAAAAAUAACACCCCAAUAUAUAGGCCUUUGUGUUUAAUAAAAAAGUGCUCCAGUUAUUAUGGGAGUGAAAUGGCAUGGUACAAUCGGUGAAGCAGCUCGUAUGUGUCGGGUCUGUCUCGAUCACCUCACCCAUCCCUGUGAAGAACUCCAUGGUUAUCCAGUCACUUUCCCUGGUUGAGGUUUAUGCUUUGUCUGAAUAAAUCAUCAACCGACUAAGCAUUACUCUGCGUAGAUAUUCAAACCGGAUGUGAAAAGUCAGUGACUGUACAGUGUAUGUGCGUCACAUGCUUGUUCAUGUUAUAUAAACAUUUAGCCUCAAAAUCAUGUUCUUCUCAGAGUUGUGUUCUCAAUUGUGGUUUAGCUACUCUUAAAAAUAAAGGUUUGUUAAAGCAUCUUAGGUUCAGCAAAGAACCCUUUCUUAUUAAGAACCAUAGACUUUUUGAAUAUAUGUUUUUUUGUUGUUGUUGUUUUUGUUUUUUUUGUUCUGGUAUCCUGAUCCUAUCAAUUCCAGAUAAUAUAUACAUAUAAUAUAAACUAUAGGUUUAAUUUUAAAACAAAAACAGAUUGUUUCAUGUAGUCUCAGCCCUUAGUGCACCACAAUUGAAAAUGUUCUCCUAUGGCAUUGUAAGACCCUUUUCGGAACCUUUAUUUUUAGGAGUGUAGGGGUGAUACUAUGUGCUUUAAUGAGUGUGUAGGUGUCUAUUGUUAUGGAGAACGAGUAGAUGCUCCCUGUCGGUUCACUGGAGUCCUACCACAAAUAGGUGGUGGAGAGGAACGCAGGGGUUCAUGCAAACCUCUGCAGUGAGGUGUCAGCUGUCACUGUGUCCUUCGUUCACCAUGUGUCCUUUCUUUAUCUCAGUCUGUCAGCUUCUGCAAUACUGACAUCAUCCAAACUUAGAGAAGAGCUGAGUUUUAUUUUUCUAUCUGUGGUAAUAGAAAGUUAACCAAAAGCAUUCUGUAUGAACAUCUGUCCUGGUGCGACAUCUGGCUACUACACACAUUUACCUGUUAAAAAGUGCCUGAAGCAUAUUGUUAAUCUAUCUCCUUGUAUACUAAAAAAAGAAACUGAAAAAAAAGAUGAAAAUUAAAUAAAACCCUAUUGUAUUGAUUAGUUUUGUUUUUUAUGAUCCAAAUUUUUACCUCUGUAAAAAGCAAAAAAAUCUAUAUCAAAUGUAUGAUGUACAGUUUUAUUUCUUUUCUUUUUUUUUUUUUUUUUAUCAUUUCUAACAUGUAUGAUCAAUGAAGCUCCUGCUUUUAGGAAAAGAUGGAACAAAGAGAAAGUACUUUGUAAAUACCAGUUGAUCAUAUCAGAACUACAUGGUGGCCUAGCUGGUGUGUAGUUCUACAUGUUUGUUCUAGGGCCCAAUAAAAAACAGAAACCA